CCAUCUUCGUCCUUUUCGCCAUGAGGUUGACCGCCGACCUCAUCCAAUCUUCUCUCUCCUACCUGAACCCCGUCAAAGAACGAGAAUUAGAUCUGCGAGGGCACAAAAUUCCAGCGAUAGAAAACCUCGGUGUCGCAAGAGACCAAGAUGCAAUCGAUUUUACCGAUAACGACAUUGGCACGUUAGGAAACUUUCCUCUCAACCCGCGCCUUCGAACGCUGCUCCUUGCGCGAAACCGCAUCUCCCACAUCUCACCGACCCUCGCAGGCUCUAUCCCGAACCUCACCAAUCUAGUCCUGACGAGUAACCGGCUCACUGAGCUGGCCGAUUUGGAUCCUUUGGGCAACUUCCCGCGACUCACACAUUUGGUGCUGAUGGAGAAUCCAGUCGCUCGCAAUGAGAACUACCGGUACUGGAUCGUUUGGAGAUGCCCAUCCGUCCGUUUCCUCGACUAUCAAAAGGUGAAAGACCCAGAGCGCAAAAAGGCCGCUGAGCUAUUCGGCACCGUUGAAGAGCCCUCUGCCCUGGCCUCCAAGAUCAUGGGUAUCAAAUCGCGCACUUUCGACGUGCCCGGCGUCUCUUCACCGGCCGAUCUUAGUGGCGGCGCGGAAGGCGGAGGACGCGGAUAUCGUGUCCGACUAACGGAGAAGGAAAGAAAGCGUGUCGAAGAAAUGAUCCGCAAUGCGAAGAGCUUGGCUGAGAUUACGCGGUUAGAAAAGGAGCUGAAUGAAGGAAGAAUACCCGGAGGGGCGUUUGGCGGCGAUGUAAUGGAGGAAUGAGAGAAAACAUCUUCUAGGCAUUUUCUUUCUAGCAUCUCAUCUUUUCUUUUUAAGGCCUUCUACGAUUCCUAUGUGACCUGGGAGAAGCUUCCCUUGCGACAGGUCACUUCCUGCCGUGGUCACUUUAUCGGUUGAUUCUUGUUUCAGGAUUGGAUGAAUCACUUGGGAAGGUUACAGUUUCAUAAAACGUCUAGAAAUGGGGCGGGUCUGUACGAUAUUGUUUUUUUAAAAAGUUGACUUCAAAGACAAAACCGCU